UCAAGUGCAGAAUUAAUUUCAACUGAUGUUUGUGUUAACCUCAGAAAACGCAGAAUAGUAAGAAUAACGCAGAAAUUUCGAACAAAAAUAGAAGAUUCAGGCUGAUUACAUGGAAGAGAAAUCAGGAUUGAUGAUGCCUCUCGCUGAAAAAAUAGAGAGUGGUCGAGAGCUAAUGAAAAAAUUGAACAUCUACAAAGAUGUCCCAGGGGUUGGGAAACUCUCGCGAAAGAUCAAUCAGGAGAUUCGAUUUCUUGAAAAGGUUCGUUCUACAGAUAGUGUGAAAAGGGAACAUCUACACAGUACCAACUUGAUCCACCUGACUGCCCUAGUCGAACGUCUAUUAUCCUCGAAAAACCCGGCCGAGGUCCUGAAACCCUUCAAAUUUCCAGACUCGGAGACUCGCCUCACCAUUGAUAUAAUCUGCGAUGGCGGAGCAACCUGGAUUAAAGUCAUUGCUAGGAAUGCUCGGGCUCUUACAUUAAUCUCUCUUGGAAAUGGAGGAUAUGGUCAGAAAUCGAUUUUGGAUCAUGCUAAGAGCCAUCUAAAAUGUGCCACACUUCAUCCUCAUCAUUACAAACCUCCGAAUAUCAUUUUUUACUUCGCGUAUGGGAUAGAGACUACGCUAUAUUCUCAACUGGAAAAAUUGGGAGUCUUCAUUGAGGGAGAUCUCAUUGAGAGGGAAGAUAUUUGUCCGGGAGGCGGAACACGUGAAAAUCCAGAAGCUGGAGCUUCAUCAGCACCGAAGUCAGAAAACGCUCGGACAAAAAACCUUAUCGUUGCAUCUUCGCCAUCGCCCCAAUUCGAAAUUAGUCCAUUACUCCAGCCGGCAGUUUCUAGUACUGUAACAGUGUCUUUGAAUCUGGAUGUUUCUACACUUCUCGCUUAUGUAAGUAAUAUGACCAAUGGACAUGCGAAGUUCAGAUACUUGGAGGAUUUAUUAACUCUUCAAGCAGAAUGGGAGAGGAGUCGACCGCUCAAACCCUUUUUACAUAAACUCUUCCAUGGUAAAUCUCUCAAAGUUUGUAAAACUGCCUACAAGAAUUUUAUGGACAUUAUCAAUAUGAUCGGAGGUCCUCAGGAAACUGCAAGAGCUCAGGACCUGUUGCAAAGGGUUAAUGUAGUUGAAGAUGCAACUGAUGGAAGAAUUUUGAACUUAAUAAUCGGUGGGAAAAUAAAACUGAGAUCGAGGCUGGUUUUUGCUUCAGGAGAGAAUACCAGAAGUGUCACUGUUUCUGCUAAUGAAGGUUUUGUCAGAGCUGCCAGGAUGCAGGGUGUCGAAUGUACAGCAAUACUUCAUGAACCUAGGUCGCUGUCAGAACUGAAAGAAAAAGAUGCAAAACGAAUCGAUUGUUAAUUUAAGUGGAAAAACAUGUUAUUAGAGUAUAGAUUAGAAUUGAUAAAUAAGGCUUUUAUUCUCAAACUACUGAGUGUUUUGUAAAUACAAAUAUUUAUAAUUUA